AUGUUCGCCAAUGCCGCAAACUCGACACCGGCCGUGCCAUCGCGCAAUGCUCUUCGAGUCCUCCGUCAAUUAGCCUUUGCCGGAUCGACAGUUGGCAGCUUUUGCGGCGUUGCAGUCAUAACCUACGAUGUUCACCGUCGGGUCCGCGUGGCCGAGCAAAUCAUCGAGAACAAACGGACCUUGCACACCUCCGCGCCGAAUUACGAUGCGACCGCUUCCGCCCAACGACUGGCGGUGAUGAUGGAGGCUGCGGAAGCCGGGGAAUUCAUGGGUUUGGCAUCUUUGAAGAAUAAAAAGGCAGUCCCGACUGAAGACAAGGUGGAAGCUCUCAAUGAACAGACCCUUGUCAAACCAUCACCACCGCCAGCAGCCCGUCCAACCCCAAGAUGGUUCCAGCCUGGGCAAAGCAACACAAGUAUGCCGCCUGUCUCAGAUAGCGCUACAGAAAUGCGCUUGCGGGCGGAAAACCGAUUGGCCUUGGCUCGAGAGGCCCGAGAGGCCGACAUUGCACGUGCAGCUGGCGAACCUCCGCUGGAGGAUCGCAUCCGGGACUUGAUUCAGGAAGACCGUGAGAUUGAAGCUGCACAAUUCUUCAUGGAUAAUGUCCCGGCAGGCGAGGGAGUCACGAUAUCCAUGGACAGGCGAGACCUCCUGCGUCGCUUGUUCGCUGCCAAUUGCAUGAAGGGAAACAUCUUCAUUGCACGAUCUCUGUUCAGGCAUAUGGAGAAAUUGUCUGAGCUGGAUUCAGAGAUCUGGUCAACCAUGAUGCAUCUUCUGGCCAAGGAAGGCCACGUCGAAUCUGUCGGCGCCAUCUUUGAGAAACAUCAUACCAGACUGACAGUUCCGCCUCACUUGUUGGAAGUUAUUAUUCGAAGUCUUCUUGAAUCAAGGAGGUUGACGUUAGCGAAAUCCCUCUUUUAUGCACGCAUCAAGCAUGAUGAUAAUGGGGGCCUGUGUGGUGCAUACCUCGAUGGAUUGUGGAGGAAAACUCGGAAAUUGGAACUGCUCAAGACCGAGUUCAACAAGAUCCUAACAGCACUUGCUGAAUUGAACCGAGGGCCAACUGAGAAGGUCUUCAAUCCGAUGGUGAAGGCCUACAUUGAAGCGGGCGCCUUUGAAGAAGCCGAGGCAUUGGUUACGGCCAUGCCUUCAGAGUUCAAUGUUAAACCUGGAUGCCGUACUCUAGGGUUGGUCCUGUACGGCAAAGCCCUUCAGUGCAAUUGGGAGGGUGUGAUGAAUGGGCUGCGUGAAAUGCAUGAGCUUGGAUUCACUCAGGACAAGAAGAGCUUCGCGGUGGUCUUUGAUCGCGUGUUCUUGGAGUACUAUCCUACACAGCCCGGACCUCAGAUUUUCGACUUCCUCAUGACGUGUAUCAACGAGUUCAAAAUUCGACCUGACAAAAUCCUCCAUCGGCAUAUACUCGAGGCGGUUGUUGAAAGAUGCGAUUCAAGCUGCGUGAGAGCUAUAAAUGAGAUGGCCGACGAGCGAAACUGGAACUCGGGUGUGGAUCAGUAUGAGCUUGUCAGGAUCCUGGAAGCCCGUCGUGUGUCUAUGCAAGACACACCGGUGGGGAUUUGGCGUAUGUUGCAGGCCGCCAAACAGCAAUACGGAUCAGUCGCGACCAACCGGCGCCUGAUGGGUACCGACGCCGACAAGUUUUCUUUGCGGGAUCAUGUUCUGCAGCCUAUUCAUUCCGACGCCGACAAGACUUUCCCAGAGAGCAUGAAAAACCUUGUGAAUUCAAGAUCCAUGAACACCUACAUGUCACUAGCAAAGCGACAAGAGCACCAUAUUCACGCCGGCAAUUUUACAAAAGCGAUCUCGGCCUUCCGGCAGGCAAGCAAAUCUGGACACCCUAUUAAACCAAUCCACCUUCAAUUGGCUGUCACCUCGAUACUCUUGGAUGGUGGCAUGUCAGGCUUGAAAGAUGCUCAGAAGCUUAUCAAGUCAGAGUGGCCGUACUGGUCCAGAGUCCCGAAAACUCAAUUUACCCCACGAUUCCCUCGCUUUGUCCCGAUUUUCUUCCAACAGAUCCUGCAGGUUGAACGAGCUCAGACCCCCGAGUCAACUCUUUUCCAGAUGGCUUUGUUUGAAUUCUACAAGAUCUGCGAGCAUACGCCCAUGUUCAAUGUCAAGCAUCACCUAUCCGUGUCUAUAGCCCGACGCCUAAUCAGGGAAGGUCAGAGUGAGACCGCAAUCGGAGUACUCACAGCUGUCUACAUGUCCAAGUGGCGCAGGUCUCAUGGGUUUGACCAAGUGCAACUCAAGAUUCUGAUGCGUGCUUAUGCGAUGACUGGCCACAUCAGGGGCGUGUGGUGGUGCAUGAUGACAUCCCUCUCUCGCCAAGAGCCAGUGCUUGACGAUUUCCUAGUUGAGGUCAAGCGCUUGAUGCCCCUGCUGAACAAGCGAUACUCGGAACAAGAACCAGAGUCGCUGGAAAGACGCAAUAUGGCGAAGCUGGAGUUUAUCAAGGACAAGCUUGAAGACAAGGCCGCCGGUCGGCCAUACUGGAAGGGACAGAUAGUCUCUGUCUGUCCCGAGAAGAAACAGAAGAGACGAGCUCUAAUUCAUACCGAGACUGGGAGGUUGUAUGACCGGCUGCCAUCCGCCCCCAUUUCAAAGAUGGUCGAGACGUUCGACGAGGAAAUGGAAAUGGACUAUCUUCAAAAGCGUACGCAAGUUGGCUUUUACAAACUGCAGACUUCUUGGGAUGAAAAUCGGAUGGUCACCCAAAGUCUUGUGCAACCCGAAGAGGCUGAUUACCCUUCAAGUUUGCCGAAGAGGAAUGCUGCCGUGGCGUGA